AACAACAUCUCCUGCUCGUCGCCGCCAGGGCUCAGCUCGCUGCCUGGCCACUCCCGCCCAUCAUGCCUCAGAAGGUUAUCGAGACACCGUAUCCUCUCAUUGAUGCGGACCCGCACGCCUCCCGAGUGAUUCGUUACAUGCGCCCCUCGGACUACGGUGUAUGGGCCACCGCAACGGGUGCUUUCCCUGCUGCGUUGUACUUCUGGGAGGUGGCCGACCCCACAAAGUUCAAGCUUCGUACUCACCUCAAACUCGGCGGCUUGUUCGGGUUCAUCGGAGGGUUCUUGCUGGCUUACCAGAGGUCCAGCUUCCGGUUCUGGGGCUGGUCGGAGAACAAACGCGAGGAAGAGAGAGACUUCAAGGAGCUGAGUGCCCGUGCUCAGCAGGGUCUUCCCCUCUACGGCGAGUCACCCCAGCCCGAGUGGAUCCAAGCCUCUGCGUACAGGAACUCCGUUUUCUCCCAACUGAAGUUCGCUGUAUUCCCUAUGGUGAACCUUGUAAACCAUCCGCACCACGGUACAGAUCCCGCAAAGUACAAGCCGAAGGCGGAUGAAUCGUCGUAGACUCAGUACGCCUUGUAUCGCUUGCUAUUCCUUCGGCCAUACUGCACAAACCAUCGACCCUUGCGAAUGACUUCAGUCUGUGCACUAUAAGGACUUCGCUUUGUGCAGCUUCUGCCUACGUAUCACGAGCGUGCGCUGCACAGCCCGCACAUCCUCGCCGUCAGUCAACACAGUACUCCAGGCUGCAUUCUGCCUAGAGGUGAAUCAUUGGGGGAGAAGGAUUAUUGGAAUGCUCGAGAAUGCAGUGCAAGCGAAGUACUCAGCCGCUCCUACUGGAACGUCAGUUCCGGACGACUGCUGUUCAUGAGGCUGAAUUUGAUCAGGCCGUUUGUUUACAAUCAGUU